UGCGAUUUUGAUGCCCAAACACAUCAGGCUGUGGGAGGUAUAUGGGGUAUAGCUAGAAGUAUGCCGCAUACUGCUUGAGCAUCUCAUAUCCCUGUCUCGUUGUGAGUUGUUGCUGUCGCAAGCGAGCUUUUGUUCUCACCUCUUCAACCAUCACCUUACAUACCCACAAGUUUGACGGCUGGCGGCCUUCAGUUGAAUGUCAUUGUAGUCUAUCCACGCGAAGACAGCAUUAUAAGGAGACACUGAUCAGCUCAGAGAUCAGAUUUCGAAGGUACUACCUAUCCGACGCCCGCUAUGCUUAAUAUCGAUGACACCCGGCGUGCCGUUACGGUGACGACGCUGAACUGGAAGUUCUUCCCUGCAGCUCCAUUGGAGAAGUCUAGAGCGGGAACAUACGAUCUCGGUAUCGCCUACGAAGUGCCACCCGAUUAUUUGCAGAGCACUGAAGGGCGAAGCAUUGCUGCGCUCCAACGUCGUCACCUCCAGCGUGUACUUGACAAAUUGACGGGAACACUGGGAUGGAGGAUCGAGGAGUGGGUGGGCGCUGACACCACCGUGAUCAGAGGCAUUAAUCUCAUCAAUGUCAAGGUCACGAAGCGUGCUGAGUCCUCAGGAAAGGCCCGAAUCGUGGCUUAUAAACUUCAUUUCAAGUCCUCCACAGAAGCGCAUGCCCUUGUGGAUUUGGUUGGAUUCGGAAGUUGGCACACGUCGCCCACGGAAGACUAUUGCAUUAAGAUGCCAAAUAGUAUACGGGAUGAUACUGAGGAGUGGCAUGAAUAUGUCAGGACCACGAGGGACAGAAAAAUCGCGUCAGUUGAGAAGACUAAUCAUCCCGGUUUGACGUUGAGAAGACGUGUUGAUGAGCUCUGAAUGUCGUGAUGUUGAAUGAUGAUUCUGGUUGGGAGCGGACACCAAUCUUGGCAAUUCAGCAUGGUGGAUUGCGCCAAGGCCGGUUGGAUUUGUGUGGUCAGGGACAGUCGUUUAAAUACAGGAGACAGUCGUUUUAACGGGCCCGAGAAAGAUGAUCUCAAUCGAAUCGUAGGGAUCCCGAAACAAAGCCUUGAGGUUGUAUCGCCCGCAUAACGAUCUGAAGACAAUCAAUUCGUGCACUCCAUUCAUGCCGCCGAGACAUUGAUGGCGACUGGAGUACCACGACCCUGCAGAUCGCCGUCGCUCCGCUCGCAAGCCGAUUGGUUAGCGGUUUGGACGUUGCUUGGCGGGGAUUGGAGCGGUUCAUUGGGCACUGAGACCAACGCCUAACCUCCACGAUGAUGAUGGCAUUAUUCUCUUCACUUCAC